GCUCCGCCGGCCGAGAGGCGGCCCCUGGGCGGAGCGAAGCUCCGGUGCGCAGCCAGGCGGGGCGGGGGCUGCUGCCCGCUCGCGGUGUGGCAGGGGCUGGGGUGGCCGCCGAUGCUCGGGGCACGGAUGGAGGUUUUGUGACGCUUUCUUAGGAGUUAUUUUCCUCCGGCUUCUUCGCUAUGUAUGGGAUUGUACAAACGCGUGUAGAAAGUGCGGAGCUGAAAUGAUACUGAAAACUCUUAGAAGCUGUGACUGCAAAAUGAGCUCCUUCUACUUGGUGCUGAAUGGAGGUAAACUAAAGCUGCAAGAAUUACCAUUAGCUCCUUGACAAGUUACCAGAAAACCACAUACAAGGCAACUAAAUAAAGGCUAUGCAUAAGAUGACAUCGACAUUUUUGCUUAUUGGUCAUUUAAUUCUACUUACGCCUUUGUUCAGCGCUGUUUCCUAAGAAUUCAGUAUUGCAUAUAUAUGCAAAUAUUUGGAAGCUUUUAAAAUGUGCAUCAUGGCCAACUGGCUGACUCUGAGAAAUGGAAGAAUGUGUUAUUUGUAAUUACUUUGUUCUUGUUGGAGAACCUACAGCUAUCAGUUGCCCAAUAAUUACACUACCAAUGCUUCACUCUGAUUACAAUCUGACUUGGUAUAAAAAUGGUAGUAACACACCGAUAACCACAGAGAGACGUGCCAGGAUCCAUCAGAGAAAGGGCUUGCUUUGGUUUAUUCCUGCAACACUUGAAGAUUCUGGACUUUAUGAAUGUGAAGUAAGGAGUCUGAACCGCUCUAAACAAAAAAUAAUAAAUUUAAAAGUUUUUAAGAAUGAUAAUGAUAUGUGUUUUAAUGGAGAAAUGAAGUAUGACCAAAUAGUGAAGAGUGCAAAUUCUGGAAAGAUUAUAUGUCCUGAUCUAGAAAACUUUAAAGAUGAAGACAAUAUUAAUCCUGAAAUACACUGGUAUAAGGAGUGUAAGUCUGGAUUUCUUGAAGACAAGCGUCUUGUUUUGGCAGAGGGUGAAAAUGCCAUCUUGAUCCUCAAUGUUACUGUACAAGACAAAGGAAACUACACAUGUCGUAUGGUAUAUACAUAUAUGGGAAAACAAUAUAAUGUUUCACGCACCAUGAAUCUGGAGGUUAAAGAAAGUCCACUGAAGAUGAGACCGGAAUUUAUUUAUCCAAACAACAAUACAAUUGAAGUAGAACUUGGCUCUCAUGUAGUCAUGGAAUGCAAUGUAUCAAGUGGUGUGUAUGGCUUGCUUCCGUACUGGCAAGUUAAUGAUGAAGAUGUUGAUAGCUUUGACAGCACCUACAGGGAACAGUUUUAUGAAGAGGGACUGCCUCAUGGGAUUGCUGUGUCUGGAACGAAAUUUAACAUUUCUGAGGUGAAAUUAAAGGAUUAUGCUUAUAAAUUCUUCUGUCACUUCAUUUAUGAUUCUCAAGAAUUUACAUCAUACAUCAAAUUGGAACACCCAGUUCAGAACAUUCAGGGUUACUUGAUUGGAGGAGGAUUUUCUUUGAUAUUUUUAUUAUUUCUUAUACUCAUUAUCUACAAAAUCUUUAAAAUUGAUAUUGUGCUUUGGUAUCGAAGCUCCUGCCAUCCUUUGCUGGGUGAAAAAGUUUCAGAUGGAAAGAUCUAUGAUGCUUAUGUUCUAUAUCCAAAGAACAGAGAGAGCUGCUUGUACUCAUCAGAUAUUUUUGCUCUGAAGAUACUACCAGAAGUCUUAGAAAGACAAUGUGGAUAUAAACUCUUUAUAUUUGGAAGGAAUGAUUUAGCAGGAGAAGCUGUGAUCAGUAUUACUGAUGAAAAAAUCCAUCAAAGUAGAAGAGUAAUAAUUAUCUUAGUACCAGAACCAUCAUGCUAUGGUAUUCUAGAAGAUGCAUCUGAAAAACAUCUUGCUGUGUAUAAUGCUCUUAUCCAAGACGGUAUAAAAAUAAUUCUGAUUGAACUUGAAAAAAUAGAAGAUUAUGCAAACAUGCCAGAAUCCAUCAAAUAUGUUAAGCAGAAGUAUGGGGCUAUCCGAUGGAAAGGGGACUUCUCAGAAAGGUCACACUCAGCAAGUACGAGGUUCUGGAAGAAAGUUCGUUACCACAUGCCAUCCAGAAAACAAGGAUCUUCAUCAGGAUUUCAUUUGUCACCAUAAGACUUGAAUCCUCCCUGAGUAACAACAGAAAAAUGACAGUGGCUGACAAAUUUUAUGUAAUUAGUGGUGGAUUGAUCGAAGGUCAUAUGGAUAUGUUUUGUACAGUCUCAUCCAUAUUUUCUGGAUUGAAGGUACUACAACUUUAUCUACAGAAGUGAAUCAUAUUUUCUUCUGACUACAUAAGCAGAACAUCCUGGAAUGUCAUCAACAGCACAGCGAUGACAUGGAAACGGUUAGGAAGUACAUAAAAACUCUUCCAAGAAUUGCACUGUGAUUUUCUAGAACGUUUUUUAAUUUUUUUAAACAUUAAAAAACAAACAAACAAACAAAAACACCAGAAAACUACUUUCUAGCAGUUUGUGUAUGAAGGAAACUGUAUAAAUUAAUUACAAUUGUGAUGUUAUAUAAUGGACUUGGUUGAUGCUGGUCAGCGAUUGUUUUCAUUGUUUUAUGAAAUGACAUGAAUCUUACUUGUUACAAGUUUAUUUGUUCAUUUUGCUCAAAGAUAAUUGCAUCGUUAGUGCAUCUGCGUGGCAUCACCCAAGAUAAAAGGUAAGAGACAAUCCCAACUUCCCCAGAAUGCUAUUCAACUUGACAAAGAGUUGAGUAUCUUUCCUAAUAUAUCUUGCAUUUAAAGAACUGCAUGGUUCUUGGCCCCUUAUGCCAUUCAGACAUCAUUAAAAGUAUCAUUGUUGUACUGUUCCUAGUCUUAAAAGAUUUAAUGUCUAGAGGAUUUUUAUCUUAUAUUUGUCUUUUAUUACCAUGCGGAGCUAUGAGCUCAUGACAGAUUCUCUCAUGCAGAGUUGAGAAUUGUUGGCUUUGUCCCUGACGUCUCAAGAACCAAAGGUGCUUCAGGGCACAGACUACAAAACUGGGUUGUCCCCAUGGGUUCAAGUUGUACACAAGCACUGUUUUGCUUUCGCUGCUGGUGAUUUUUGAUUGAUUAGUUCCUUGUUGAAAAACAAUGAAAAAAGUGUUUUGGGAAGAUAAAUAUUGACCUGGUUUUGUGCUUUUUUAAAAUGUAGGUGUGAUGACCAAUUGCCUGUGUUUCCAAGGGAAAAGUAUGACAGCUCUGCUAAUGGUGUGUGGGUAGGGAAAAGGCACAAGACUGGUUAAUAAAGUGAAGUUCUGGCUUACAUAACAAUGCAAGAUAGGUAGGUAGUUACACAUAAGGCAGAGAGAUCGAGCGAGAGUUGAGAGAGUGAAGGAAGCAAAAAAAGCAAGCUCUGCAGUUGUGUACACUAACUCCUUUGUGAUUGUUUGCUCUAGUGUUAAUAAUUGUCCUGGUAACGAAUUUCAAGAGAAGGCAUCUGGUCAGACUGCGAUGAUUGAUUUGCAACAUGAGUUUCAGAUCUGCCUUUAAUUGCUGCUUGUGAUUCUGGAUUUGUGUUUGCGUCCCAUUAACUUCUGUUUUGCAGAACCUUUUGCUCCUUAACUCAAAUUUUGGUAAAUCUCACUGCAUACUGCUGAACAACCAGCUUACUACUUUGUAAAAUUCCUUUGCUUACUAAGCUGUUCUCAAAGACUGCUACUAAUACCUUAUUAGGCAGAAUUUUUUCCUUUGAAUUGAACCUUCGAUAUCUCUGAUACCACUUUUUUUUUUUUUUUCAUCUGAAAAACUUAUGUUCUGCAUCCUUCAGAAUCCUUCUGCUCUUUGAAAAUGGCUUUCUUCAUUUUGACACCGUAGUGUUAUUUUUUGUUUGUUUGUUUGUUUUCUGUCAUGGCUCUUUUCUUCCCUCCAUCCUUGACCAAAAGAAACUGGUGGUCUGAGGUGCCAUUCCUCAGAACUGCCCAGUGGCCAUAGGAUGGUGUGACCUUUGUGUUCUGCCUCACAGGUGACAAAGCCAAUGGAAAUAGCUUCCCUUCCCACCUUAAGUUAUUUGAUUACCUUGGUGUAUGCUGGAAAUUUGAUACUCUACCUUCUGAGCUUUGUGAGCUGAGUGUGUACCUGACCAGAAUGCAAUGAGAUUCUGUUUCAGGACAAGAAGGAAAUGGGGAAUGUCAGGGUAUUUACAACUGUUUUGGUACUGGAAUGUUUUAACAAAGAAUGUCAUGUAUGUAUAAACCAAUUCACAUGCUUAUCUUCUGUUCUCAUUCUAUGUUUUAUUCAAGACAGAAUUGUCUUGGGAGAAACACUUCUGGUCAUGAGGCAUCACAUUCACUUAGCUGUUGCACUAAAUCUGCUUCUCAGUAUAGUGUUUGGUGAUAGUCCAUCAUGGUAAAACAGCCUUGAGAUCCAUCUCAAGUUGCUGAAAUUCAUCUGGGCAAGGUGAAUGUGCUAAUUGGUGUGGUUCACAUUGAAAAAAGAAUUUAGUGGGACAGAAGCUGUACGGUUUGGUCUUUUGUCAGAAGAUCCCAAUAUCAAAUGUGAAGACUAGACACUGGAAGUACCCUAUUUUUACUUGGAGGACUAAUACUGAUUUUGUGUUUCCACCUUGACAGUUUGCAAGCCAGCCAACAGAGUCCCAGCAACCUCUGGCCUCUUGAAUUUUCUUGUUUAUGAAAAACUGUUACUUGUUAUGCCUUCCUUUGGUGGAAAGGUAUUUUACUGAGCCAAAAUACUACAUUUUUUAGUUGUUUGUUUUGUUUAUUUUGAUAUUUUUGUAUGACUGAAGUUUUCAUGUGUGUUAUGUAAAGUCACUUUGAAAAAAGGUUGUUUUUAAUUCAAUAAAACACUACCUAGUUUUUUCUUA